AUGAGUUUUGACAAUAUUUUUAAAACCGCUAACAUCGCUUUGCGUAUAAUAGGCAGUCACCCGGCGUGUGUGCGAAAUCGAAAUUGGAAGAUAAAGUUCAUAAUUCUAAUACUGUUCAAAAUUUUCACCAGCAUCUUGCUAUGUUACUCUAUCUUUGUAAAAGAUAUUCAGGACGAACGUUACGCCGAUGCUAGUAAGAAUAUCGUGAUGCUUUUAAUAACUGUAACCGUCAUAUUCGACUACUCCGUUCUUUUGAUUCACCAACACUCUAUCAUGGGUAUAAUCCACACAAUUAACGAAGAUUAUAAUUUAAUCCCCAAAUUAACAGAGAAAGAGAAGAAAAUCGUUCUCGAUUAUUCAGAAAAAGGCCUCAAAGUUUGUAGACUUUGGUACAUGGUAUCCAUUAUAUGUAGUACGAUUUUUCCACUUAAGGCAAUUGUAUUGAUGGUUUACAUGUACUACAAUAAGGGCGAAUUUAAGCUUGUUCCGAUGUUUGAUUUGUCAUAUCCCGAUUCAAUAGACGUGAAUAAAAACGAACCUGGUCCGUAUGUUAUAUUUCUUUCUAUUUACAUUAUAUUUGCCUUUUACGCUGUACUAACUUUUACGGGAUUUGAUCCGGUGGUGCCCAUCUUUUUGCUACACGCAUGUGGCCAACUGGAUGUGACUAAUCAAAGAAUUUCGUCAGUGUAUAACGAAACGCUAGACGAGAAACAAAUUGAAGAGAAAUUUAAAAGAAUCAUUUUGAAAAUGCAAGAAAUAUACAGUUUCAUAACCGUUAUUAAGAAAGAUUUUACUAUCCUCUACGAAUUCACUAUGAAAACUACUACAUUUCUGUUGCCAUUGUGUGCGUUUCAAAUUCUUGUGAGUCUUCGUAAUCGAGAUUCGAAUUUAGAGUUCAUUCCGUUUUUCUUUGGUAUGUUACUACAUUUCUACGUACCGUGCUAUUACAGUGAUCUACUAAUGGAAAAGAGUGAAAAUCUGCGCCAAGCUAUCUACGCGUGUGGGUGGGAAUUAAAACCGAAUCUGCGCCCACGCAAGAUCGUGUUGAUAAUGCUGAUAAGAGCAACACGCCCUUUGGUCAUUCAUUCUGUCUUCUACACAAUUUGUUUGGACACUUUUGCUGAGAUGGCACGCACUGCUUACGCAAUUUUCAAUAUUAUGACCGCAACUUUUUAA